GAGCGAGCGAGCAGACAGACCCCUUGCUCUGCCUUCCCUGUCCCCGCCCCCCAGGCCCUGGCAACGGUCCUGGGCUCAAGAGAGGAGCGGGCGCCUCCGCAGCAGCUGCAGAGAGCGCGCGUCCGCAACUGCGCCCGCGCCCGCGCCUGCCGUCAAGAUCUGGGCGGCGGCGGGGCUAGGCCGGGGGCGCGCUCGCUCGGGAGCGCGCUCAUGCAGCGGUUUUCUUCUCCCACAAUCCAGAGGCAGCUGCGCGGGAGGGGCGGGGAGUCGGCGGAAGGAUAUCGGCGCGGAGGGAGCAGCGCGCUCCCUUUGACUGCGGAUCCGCGGCGCUGGCGGGAGGCGAGGGGUGGGGUGUGAUGCGGCACUGCGGUUCUGAGGCCGUUACUCCGGCUCCUCCAUAGAGGGCGGAGGAGGCUGGAGCGCGGCGGUGAUUUUGUGCCAGGGAUUCCCAGGGACGCGCUGAAAAGGCUGGCAGGGCUUAGGAAGCUGGGGGGUUAGGGACACACAUUCGAGCCCCCACCCCUGGGAGGGGAAGGGGGCUGGAGACGAGGCUUGAGGGCGGCGGAGGGAUGGUGUCUGUUCUGGGGGAAGGGGCGAGCCGUGCCUGUUGGUGCUGAGGGGCUGCGGGCAGUGGAGGCUCCGCGGGUCGAAAGCGGCUCCAUGCCCAUCGGUGGGUGUAACGUGUAGAGGUCGGAACGCCGAGGUCCAGUCUGGUGGCCCUUCGGAAUCCUUAAACGUGGUCUCUGUCUAACGUAUUUCAUUUAGCCCACGUUGGGAUUAAUUCAUUGGGGGCAGUUUCGCUGGUCUGGCUCCUCCAGGGGCUGGACAACCUUGACGGGCUUUUUGUCUUGGGCUCCAGCCCCCUUUCCCUUCCUCCUCCUCCAGAUGCCUUUUCUCUGCCCCUCCUCGCCCGGUACAGACAUUUCCAGGGCAGGCUGCUUCUCGUGGUGGCCGUCGUCGAAGCCACUUCUUGGGAUUUCGUCUCGUUUCCCUCUGGGGUGUUUUUUGAGGAGGGAGAGUUUCCCCCUCCUACACGAUGGGAUUUUCCUCCCUUGCCGAAAUGGAUUUUCAUUGAUUUCUACUUACUUCCACGUUUAGUGACCUAUUCCCUAGGCGUAUUUUUGUGGUAGUUCCUUUUUUUCAAAUACAUACUCUGUAAAAUGGAGAACGAAAUUUUUACUCCUCUUCUGGAGCAGUUCAUGACCAGCCCCUUGGUCACUUGGGUUAAAACGUUUGGACCUCUGGCUGCAGGAAAUGGGACCAACCUUGAUGAAUAUGUGGCUUUGGUGGAUGGGGUAUUCUUGAACCAGGUCAUGCUCCAAAUUAAUCCUAAAUUGGAGAGUCAGAGAGUAAACAAAAAAGUCAAUAAUGAUGCCUCCCUUAGAAUGCAUAAUCUAUCCAUUUUGGUGAGACAGAUUAAAUUUUACUACCAGGAGACUUUGCAGCAAUUAAUCAUGAUGUCGUUGCCAAAUGUCUUAAUCAUUGGCAAAAAUCCCUUUUCUGAACAAGGCACAGAAGAAGUUAAAAAACUGCUUUUACUUUUAUUGGGUUGUGCAGUUCAGUGUCAGAAAAAAGAAGAAUUUAUUGAAAGAAUUCAAGGUUUAGAUUUUGAUACAAAAGCAGCAGUUGCCGCACAUAUUCAAGAGGUAACUCAUAAUCAGGAAAAUGUGUUUGACCUGCAAUGGAUGGAAGUGACUGAUAUGUCGCAGGAGGACAUAGAACCACUUUUGAAAAAUAUGGCAUUGCAUCUAAAAAGACUUAUAGAUGAGAGAGAUGAACAUUCAGAGACUAUCAUAGAACUCUCUGAAGAGCGGGAUGGUCUUCAUUUUCUACCCCAUGCCUCUUCAUCUGCACAAUCACCUUGUGGUUCUCCAGGCAUGAAGCGAACAGAAAGUCGACAACAUCUGUCAGUGGAACUGGCAGACGCUAAAGCCAAGAUAAGAAGGCUUAGGCAGGAAUUGGAGGAAAAGACUGAACAGUUGUUGGAUUGUAAACAAGAACUUGAGCAAAUGGAAAUAGAACUCAAAAGGCUGCAACAAGAGAACAUGAAUUUGCUUUCGGAUGCUCGCUCUGCCAGAAUGUACCGAGAUGAAUUAGAUGCACUUCGAGAGAAAGCAAUCAGAGUUGAUAAACUUGAAAGUGAAGUCAGCAGAUACAAAGAGAGACUACAUGAUAUUGAAUUUUAUAAGGCAAGAGUUGAGGAAUUAAAAGAAGACAAUCAAGUUUUAUUAGAAACAAAAACCAUGUUGGAAGACCAACUAGAAGGAACUCGUGCUCGUUCUGAUAAAUUACAUGAAUUGGAAAAAGAGAACUUACAACUAAAAGCUAAACUUCAUGAUAUGGAAAUGGAACGAGAUAUGGAUAGAAAAAAAAUUGAAGAAUUAAUGGAAGAAAAUAUGACUUUGGAAAUGGCACAGAAACAAAGUAUGGAUGAAUCAUUACAUCUUGGCUGGGAGCUGGAACAGAUAUCCAGAACUAGUGAACUUUCUGAAGCACCACAGAAAUCCCUGGGCCAUGAGGUGAAUGAGUUAACCUCAAGUAGAUUAUUGAAGCUAGAGAUGGAAAACCAAAGUUUGACAAAAACUGUAGAAGAGCUUCGGACUACUAUGGAUUCUGUAGAAGGCAACGCUUCCAAAAUCCUAAAAAUUGAAAAAGAAAAUCAGAGACUCAAUAAAAAGGUUGAAAUUCUUGAAAACGAGAUUAUUCAAGAAAAGCAAAGUCUUCAGAAUUGUCAGAAUUUAAGCAAGGAUCUAAUGAAAGAGAAAGCUCAGCUUGAAAAAACAAUUGAAACACUGAGAGAAAAUUCAGAGAGACAGAUUAAGAUAUUGGAACAGGAAAAUGAACAUCUGAAUCAAACAGUGUCUUCCUUAAGGCAGCGGUCCCAGAUAAGUGCAGAAGCAAGAGUGAAAGACAUUGAAAAAGAAAACAAAAUUCUCCAUGAAUCUAUCAAAGAAACAAGUAGCAAGCUAAGCAAGAUUGAAUUUGAAAAAAGACAAAUUAAAAAAGAAUUGGAACUUUAUAAAGAAAAAGGAGAAAGAGCAGAAGAACUUGAAAAUGAAUUGCAUCAUCUUGAAAAAGAAAAUGAAUUGUUACAGAAAAAAAUAACUAAUUUAAAAAUUACUUGUGAAAAAAUUGAGGCCUUAGAACAAGAAAAUUCAGAGCUAGAAAGAGAAAAUAGAAAAUUUAAAAAAACAUUGGAUAGCUUUAAAAACCUGACCUUUCAGUUAGAAUCCCUAGAAAAAGAGAAUUCCCAACUUGAUGAGGAAAACUUAGAACUGCGAAGGAAUGUAGAAUCUUUGAAGUGUGCAAGCAUCAAAAUGGCUCAGCUACAGCUAGAAAACAAAGAACUGGAAAGUGAAAAAGAGCAACUUAAGAAAGGUUUGGAGCUCCUGAAAGCAUCUUUCAAGAAAACAGAACGUUUAGAAGUUAGCUACCAGGGUUUAGAUAUAGAAAAUCAAAGACUGCAAAAAGCUUUAGAGAACAGCAAUAAAAAAAUCCAGCAAUUAGAGAGUGAAUUACAAGACUUAGAGAUGGAAAAUCAAACAUUGCAAAAAAACCUAGAAGAACUAAAAAUAUCUAGCAAAAGACUAGAACAGCUGGAAAAAGAAAAUAAAUCAUUAGAGCAAGAGACUUCUCAAUUGGAAAAGGAUAAGAAACAAUUGGAGAAGGAAAAUAAGAGACUUCGACAACAAGCAGAAAUUAAAGAUACCACAUUAGAAGAAAAUAAUGUGAAGAUUGGAAAUUUGGAAAAAGAAAACAAAACCCUAUCCAAAGAAAUUGGCAUAUGUAAAGAAUCUUGUAUCCGUCUAAAAGAAUUAGAGAAAGAAAAUAAGGAGCUUGUGAAAAGAGCAACUAUUGAUAUAAAAACGUUGGUUACACUACGUGAGGAUUUGGUGAGUGAAAAAUUGAAGACCCAACAGAUGAACAAUGAUCUUGAAAAAUUAACUCAUGAGCUUGAGAAGAUAGGGUUAAAUAAGGAGCGACUCUUACAUGAUGAGCAAAGUACUGAUGACAGUAGGUAUAAACUUUUGGAAUCAAAAUUAGAAUCCACUCUUAAGAAGUCUCUUGAAAUAAAAGAAGAAAAAAUUGCUGCUUUAGAAGCUCGAUUAGAAGAAUCCACGAAUUAUAACCAGCAGUUGCGCCAAGAACUUAAAACAGUGAAAAAAAAUUAUGAAGCUCUCAAACAGAGACAGGAUGAGGAAAGGAUGGCACAGAGCUCUCCUCCAACAUCUGGUGAAGACAACAAAUGGGAACGAGAAAGUCAAGAAACGACUAGAGAACUUCUGAAAGUUAAAGACAGAUUAAUUGAAGUAGAAAGAAAUAAUGCUACACUGCAAGCAGAGAAGCAAGCAUUGAAAACUCAACUGAAGCAGCUUGAGACACAGAACAAUAAUUUGCAGGCUCAGAUUCUUGCACUUCAGAGGCAGACAGUGUCAUUACAGGAACAGAAUACUACUCUUCAAACACAGAAUGCCAAGCUUCAGGUUGAAAAUUCUACCCUUAAUUCCCAAAAUACCUCACUUAUGAACCAGAAUGCACAACUCCUAAUCCAGCAGUCUUCCUUAGAAAAUGAAAAUGAAUCUGUAAUCAAAGAUCGAGAAGACCUAAAAUCUCUCUAUGAUUCUCUGAUAAAAGAUCAUGAAAAACUGGAACUUCUUCAUGAACGUCAGGCUUCUGAGUAUGAAUCUCUUAUCUCUAAACAUGGAAGUCUAAAGUCUGCCCACAAAAAUCUUGAGGUGGAACAUAGAGACCUUGAAGACCGUUACAAUCAGUUACUAAAACAGAAAGGACAUUUGGAAGAUUUGGAAAAGAUGCUCAAAGUAGAACAGGAAAAAAUGCUGCUUGAAAAUAAAAACCAUGAAACAGUAGCUGCAGAAUACAAGAAACUUUGUGGUGAAAAUGAUAGGUUGAAUCAUACUUAUAGUCAACUUUUAAAAGAGACUGAAGUUUUACAAACCGACCAUAAAAAUUUGAAAAGUCUUCUGAAUAAUUCCAAACUGGAACAAACAAGAUUAGAAGCUGAAUUUUCAAAGCUAAAGGAACAAUACCAACAAUUGGAUAUUACAUCCACCAAGCUGAAUAACCAGUGUGAGUUGCUAAGCCAACUUAAAGGAAAUUUAGAAGAAGAAAAUCGACAUCUACUAGAUCAAAUUCAGACAUUGAUGCUACAGAACAGAACACUUUUGGAGCAGAAUAUGGAAAGCAAGGAUCUUUUUCAUGUUGAACAAAGACAGUACAUUGAUAAGUUAAAUGAAUUAAGACGUCAGAAGGAGAAAUUAGAAGAGAAAAUUAUGGAUCAGUACAAAUUUUAUGACCCAUCUCCUCCUAGAAGGAGAGGCAACUGGAUUACUCUAAAAAUGAGAAAAUUGAUAAAGUCUAAGAAAGAUAUUAAUCGGGAACGUCAGAAAUCUCUAACAUUAACACCUACCCGCUCAGACUCCAGUGAAGGAUUUCUUCAGCUCCCCCAUCAAGACAGUCAAGAUAGUUCUUCAGUAGGUUCAAACUCUUUAGAAGAUGGCCAGACCUUGGGGACCAAGAAAAGCAGCAUGGUUGCACUGAAAAGACUGCCCUUUUUGAGGAACAGACCGAAGGAUAAAGACAAAAUGAAGGCCUGCUACCGUCGUUCCAUGUCCAUGAAUGACCUGGUGCAGUCCAUGGUCCUAGCAGGACAGUGGACAGGUAGUACUGAGAAUUUGGAGGUUCCUGAUGAUAUUUCAACGGGUAAAAGGAGAAAAGAAUUGGGAGCUAUGGCCUUCUCUACUACAGCCAUCAACUUUUCAACUGUCAACUCUUCUGCAGGCUUCAGAUCCAAGCAGUUGGUUAAUAAUAAAGAUACUACAUCCUUUGAAGACAUAAGUCCACAAGGUGUUAGUGAUGAUUCUAGCACGGGAUCAAGAGUUCAUGCUUCAAGACCAGCCAGCCUUGAUAGUGGCAGAACAUCCACUAGCAAUAGCAAUAAUAAUGCUUCCCUACAUGAAGUCAAAGCAGGUGCAGUUAAUAACCAAAGCAGGCCACAAAGCCACAGCAGUGGAGAAUUUAGCCUGCUUCAUGAUCAUGAGGCUUGGUCCAGCAGUGGUAGCAGUCCAAUCCAGUACUUGAAAAGACAGACCAGAUCAAGUCCAGUGCUCCAACACAAAAUACCUGAAACACUAGAGAGUCGACAUCACAAGAUCAAAACUGGUUCCCCAGGGAGUGAAGUUGUUACUCUACAACAGUUUUUGGAAGAAAGCAAUAAGCUUACCUCAAUACAGAUCAAGUCCUCAAGUCAAGAGAAUCUUUUAGAUGAAGUAAUGAAAAGUUUGUCUGUCUCUUCUGACUUUUUGGGAAAAGACAAACCAGUUAGCUGUGGUCUGGCCAGGUCAGUAAGUGGAAAAACCCCAGGGGACUUCUAUGAUAGACGGACAACUAAGUCUGAGUUUUUGAGACCCGGUCCUCGAAAAACUGAAGAUACCUACUUCAUUAGUUCUGCAGGAAAACCUACACCAGGCACUCAAGGAAAGAUAAAAUUAGUAAAAGAAUCUUCUCUGUCACGACAAUCAAAAGAUAGUAACCCUUAUGCCACUUUACCUCGUGCAAGCAGCGUGAUCUCUACUGCUGAAGGAACUACACGAAGGACAAGCAUCCAUGAUUUUUUGACCAAGGACAGUAGACUGCCUGUAUCAGUUGAUUCACCACCAGCUGCUGCUGACAGCAACACCACUGCAGCAUCUAAUGUGGACAAAGUACAAGAAAGCAGAAAUUCAAAAAUCAGGUCUAGGGAGCAACAAAGCUCCUAAUUCUGUUACCCACUACAUGACAUGUGGGACAAGUGAGAGAAAAGUGUCCUUCAGUUUCUCAGUAUGAAGCCUUUAUUUCUGAAGUAACAAGACACCUAGCAACUAUAGGAAUCAUUUUUAAAAAUCUUUAAGGAGACUUUUAACAGUCCUUCGUGAAUAGAGCAGGCAAGAAAUACAAACCUUCAUUCCUUGAAUCAAGGAGCACUACUGGAUUCAACUGCCAAAAUUUUUAAAAGAUUUUAGGACUUACUGUACCUUGUACUGUUAAGAUCUACUGAAUAAAGGACGAUCUCUCGCUAAGGACCAAGUGUUUUAAAGUUAAGUGUUUAAAGAAGUACUCCAGGAACAAUCUGCUCUUUUCAUCAUUUGUUUUAUGAAUUUAUCCAUGUUUGCUUAAUGCUUCUGCUAAGUAUUAGCCAAAAUCUAGCCAUUUAUAUUUAGUUGUGUAAAUCUAAAUUAAAUGCUGUAGUAUUUUGUGGAAUGUACUAUAUAGCAAGAUACAGAGAGAAUUGUUUUGGCAUGUCAGAGCCUUAUUUAGUUAGCAGACUGCAUGUGUUGGUACUUUUUUUUUUCCUUAAAGCCAAUUAUUUUGAUGCAAAACAAAUUCAGUUUAUAAGAUAAAUCUGAAAAAUCCAUAAUGAAAUAGGAGUUAUAAAAAAUUUAUAAGGAUAUUAACCUUUCUACAUUCCCCAUUAAGCAACACUAAGCAUGCAUACAUUAAUCCAAGGUAAAGAGUGUUUUUCUGAAACUUUUUUAGUAAGAUGGUUUUCCAGCAAAUGGCAUUCCUAGGAUAAAGCUAUUGUGCUUUAACUCAUUUCUUUUCUUUGGUAUUGGGUUGUGUAUGUGUGUGUAUUUUUUUAACCUGAGAGCUGACUAUUGCUUAAGAAGUUUUCUUAUGGCAAAAAUAAUGUAAAUAACUUACUAUGAUCUGCAUUUUGCCAGAAACUCAUUUAUAAUUAAGGCUAUCAUUUAUUAAUAACUUUUUGUUUUUCUCCUUUAUAAUCUUACAUUAAAGUUGAUAACUAUUAUUGGUACUUUUGAAA